GACAACAGUGACAACGCUGACAAUGGUGACAACAUUGACAACGAUGACAACGGUGACAACUGUGACAACAGUGAGAACGAUGAGAACGAUAACAACAGUGACAACAGUGACAACGGUGACAACAGUGACAACGGUGACAAUAGUUACAACAGUGACAACGAUGAAAACAGUGACAAGAGCGACAUCAGUGACAACAGUGACAACAGUGAAAACGGUGACAAAAGUGACAACAGUAACAACGAUGACAACGGUGACAACAGUGAGAACGGUGACAACGGUCACAACAGUGACAACGGUGACAACAGUGACAAAGGUGACAACAGUUACAACAGUGACAACGAUGACAACAGUGACAAGAACGACAUCAGUGACAACAGUGACAACAGUGACAACAGUGACAACAAUGACAACAGUGACAACAGUGACAACGAUGACAACAGUGACAACAGUGACAACGAUGACAACAGUGACAACGAUGACAACGGUGACAAUAGUGACAACAAUGACAACGGUGACAACAAUGACAACAGUGACAACGCUGACAAUGGUGACAACGGCCAGUUGACAACAGUAACAAUGAUGACAAUGGUGACAAAGGUGAAAACAGUGACAACGGUGACAACGGUGACAACAGGGACAACAGUUACAACAGUGACAAUGAUGACAAUAGUGACAACAGUGACAUCGGUGACAACAGUGACACCGGUGACAAAAGUUACAACAGUGACAACGAUGACAACAGUGACACGAGCGACAUGAGGGACAACAGUGACAACAUUGAAAACAGUGACAACAGUGACAACGAUGACAACGGUGACAACAGUGACAACAGUUACAACGGUGACAACGGUGAAAACAGUGACAACGAUGACAACAGUGACAACGGUGACAACAGUGACAACAGUGAAAACGGUGACAACAGUGACAACAGUAACAACGAUGACAACGGUGACAACGGUGACAACAGUUACAACAGUGAGAACGAUGACAACGAUGAAAACAGUGACAAAAGUGACAACGGUGACAACAGUGACAACAGUGACAACGGUGACAACAGUUACAACAGUGACAACGAUGACACAGUGACAAGAGGGACAUCAGUGACAACAGUGACAACGCUGACAAUGGUGACAACAUUGACAACGAUGACAACGGUGACAACUGUGACAACAGUGAGAACGAUGAGAACGAUAACAACAGUGACAACAGUGACAACGGUGACAACAGUGACAACGGUGACAAUAGUUACAACAGUGACAACGAUGAAAACAGUGACAAGAGCGACAUCAGUGACAACAGUGACAACAGUGAAAACGGUGACAAAAGUGACAACAGUAACAACGAUGACAACGGUGACAACAGUGAGAACGGUGACAACGGCAACAACAGUGACAACGGUGACAACAGUGACAAAGGUGACAACAGUUACAACAGUGACAACGAUGACAACAGUGACAAGAACGACAUCAGUGACAACAGUGACAACAGUGACAACAGUGACAACAAUGACAACAGUGACAACAGUGACAACGAUGACAACAGUGACAACAGUGACAACGAUGACAACAGUGACAACGAUGACAACGGUGACAACAGUGACAACAAUGACAACGGUGACAACAGCGACAACGGUAACAACAGUGACAACGAUGACAACAGUGACAACAGUGACAACGGUGACAACGGUGACAACAGUGACAACAGUGACAACAGUGACAACGGUGACAACAGUGACAACGAUGACAACGGUGACAACAGUGACAACAGUGACAAUGGCGACAACGGCAACAACAGUGACAACGAUGACAAGAGUGACAACAGUGACAACGCUGAAAACGGUGACAACAGUGACAACAGUGACAACGAAACGUGACAACAGUGACAACAGUGACAACGGUGACAACGGUGACAACGGUGACAACGGUGACAACAGUGAAAACGGUAACAACAGUGACAAAAGUAACAACGAUGAAAACAGUGACAACGGUGACAACGGUGAAAAAAGGGACAACAAUGACAACGGUGACAACGAUGACAACAGUGACAACAGUGACAACGAUGACAACGGUGACAACAGUGACAACGAUGACAAGGGUGACAACAGUGACAACGAUGACAACAGUCACAACAGUGACAACGAUGACAACAGUCACAACAGUGAGAACGGUGACAACGGAGAAAACAGUGACAACGUUGACAACGGUGACAACGAUGACAACAGUGACAACAGUCUCAACGAUGACAACGGUGAAAACAGUGACAACGAUGACAACGGUGACAACAGUGACAACAGUUACAACGGUGACAACGGUGAAAACAGUGACAACGAUGAGAACAGUGACAACGGUGACAACAGUGACAACAGUGAAAACGGUGACAACAGUGACAACAGUUACAACAGUGAGAACGAUGACAACGAUGAAAACAGUGACAACAGUGACAACGGUGACAACGGUGACAACAGUGACAACGGUGACAACAGUGACAACGGUGACAACAGUUACAACAGUGACAACGAUGACACAGUGACAAGAGGGACAUCAGUGACAACAGUGACAACGCUGACAAUGGUGACAACAUUGACAACGAUGACAAAGGUGACAACUGUGACAACAGUGAGAACGAUGAGAACGAUAACAACAGUGACAACAGUGACAACGGUGACAACAGUGACAACGGUGACAAUAGUUACAACAGUGACAACGAUGACAACAGUGACAAGAGCGACAUCAGUGACAACAGUGACAACAGUGAAAACGGUGACAAAAGUGACAACAGUAACAACGAUGACAACGGUGACAACAGUGAGAACGGUGACAACGGUCACAACAGUGACAACGGUGACAACAGUGACAAAGGUGACAACAGUUACAACAGUGACAACGAUGACAACAGUGACAAGAACGACAACAGUGACAACAGUGACAACAGUGACAACAGUGACAACAAUGACAACAGUGACAACAGUGACAACGAUGACAACAGUGACAACAGUGACAACGAUGACAACAGUGACAACGAUGACAACGGUGACAACAGUGACAACAAUGACAACGGUGACAACAGCGACAACGGUAACAACAGUGACAACGAUGACAACAGUGACAACAGUGACAACGGUGACAACGGUGACAACAGUGACAACAGUGACAACGGUGACAACAGUGACAACGAUGACAACGGUGACAACAGUGACAACAGUGACAAUGGCGACAACGGCAACAACAGUAACAACGAUGACAAGAGUGACAACAGUGACAACGCUGAAAACGGUGACAACAGUGACAACAGUGACAACGGUGACAACAGUGACAACAGUGACAACGGUGACAACGGUGACAACGGUGACAACAACAGUGACAAAAGGUAACAACGUGAAAACAGUGACAACGGUGACAACAGUGAAAACGGGGACAACAAUGACAACGGUGACAACGGUGACAACGGUGACAACAGUGACAACGGUGACAACAGUGACAACGGUGACAACGAUGACAACAACAGUGACAACGAUGACAAGGGUGACAACAGUGACAACGAUGACAACAGUCACAACAGUGACAACGAUGACAACAGUCACAACAGUGAGAACGGUGACAACGGAGAAAACAGUGACAACGUUGACAACGGUGACAACGAUGACAACAGUGACAACAGUCUCAACGAUGACAACGGUGAAAACAGUGACAACGAUGACAACGGUGACAACAGUGACAACGAUGAGAAGGGUGGCAACAGUGACAACGAUGACAACAGUGACAACAGUGACAACGAUGACAACAGUGACAACAGUGAAAACGAAGAAAACGGUGACAACAGUGACAAUGGUAACAAAGGGUGACGACAGUGAUAACGAUGCCAACGGUGACAACAGUGACAACGGUGACAACAGUGACAACGAUGACAAUGGUGACAACAGUGACAAUGAUGACAACGGUGACAACAGUGACAACAAUGACAACGGUAAGAACGCUGACAACAGACACAAGGAUGCCAACAGAGACAACAGUGACAACGAUGACAACAGUGCCAACAGUGACAACAGUGACAACGGUGACAACGGUGACAACAGUAACAACGGUGACAACAGUGACAACAGUGACAACUAUGACAACAGUGACAACGUUGACAACGAUGACAAGGGUGACAACAGUGACAACGGUGACAACAGUGACAACGAUGACAAGGGUCACAACAGUGACAACAGUGACAACGGUGACAACGGUGACAACAGUGACAUCGGUGACAACAGUGAGAACGAUGACAACGGUGACAACAGUGACAAUGGUGACAAGGGUGACAACCGUGACAACAGUGACAACGAUGACAACGGUGACGACAGUGACAACAGUGACAACGGUGAAAACGGUGACAGCAGUGACAACGAUGACAACGGUGACAACACGGACAACUGUGACAACGGUGACAUCAGUUACAACAGUGACAACGAUGACAACAGUGACAAGAGCGACAUCAGUGACAACGAUGACAACAAUGACAACGGAGAAAACAGUGACAACGGUGACAACGGUGACAACGAUGACAACAGUGACAACAGUGACAACGAUGACAACAGUCACAACAGUGAAAACGAAGACAACGGUGACAACAGUGACAACAGUGACAACGGUAACAAAGGGUGACAACGGUGACAACAGUGACAACGAUGACAACGGUGACAACAGUGACAACGAUGACAACGGUGACAACAGUGACAAUGAUGACAACGGUGACAACAGUGACAACAAUGACAACGGUAAGAACGCUGACAACAGACACAAGGAUGCCAACGGAGACAACAGUGACAACGAUGACAACAGUGCCAACAGUGAAAACAGUGAGAACGGUGACAUCGGUGACAACGGUGACAACAGUAACAACGGUGACAACAGUGACAACAGUGACAACUAUGACAACAGUGACAGCGUUGACAACGAUGACAAGGGUGACAACAGUGACAACGGUGACAACAGUGACAACGAUGACAAGGGUGACAACAGUGACAACGAUGAAAACAGUUACAACAUUGACAACGAUGACAACAGUGAAAACAGUGACAACGGUGACAACGGUGACAACGAUGACAACGGUGAAAACAGUGACAACGAUGACAACGCGGACAACAGUGACAACGAUGACAACAGUGACAACAGUGACAACGAUGACAAGAGUGACAACGAUGACAACAGUGACAACAGUGACAACGGUGACAACAGUGACGACAGUUAAAACAGUGACAAUGAUGACAACACUGACAACGAUGACAACGGUGAAAACAGUGACAAUAUUGACAACGGUGACAACGGUGACAAAAGUGACAACUGUGAAAACGAUGGCAACAGUUACAACAGUGAGAACGAUGACAACAGUGACAACGAUGACAACCAUGACAACAGUGACAACGAUGAGAACGGUGACAACAGUGACAACAGUGACAACAGUGACAACGGUGACAACGGUGACAACAGUGAUAACGAUGACAACAGUGACAAGGGGAACAACGGUGACAACAGUUACAACAGUGACAACGAUGACACAGUGACACCGCUGACAAUGGUGACAUCCGUGACAACAGUGACAACUGUGACAACGAUGACAACAUUGACAACGGUGACAACAUUGACAACGAUGACAACGGUGACAACCGUGACAACAGUGAGAACGAUGAAAACGAUGACAACAGUGACAACAGUGACACGGUGACAACAGUUAGAACAGUGAUGUCAAUGACAACGGUGACAACAGUGACAACAGUGACAACAGUGACCUCGGUGACAACAGUGACAACAGUGACAACGGUGACAACGGUGACAACAGUGACAACGAUGACAACGGUGACAACAGUGACAACAGUGACAAUGGUGACAACGGUGCCAACACUGACAACAGUGACAACGAUGACAAUGGUGACAACAGUGUCAACAGUGACAAUGGUGACAACGGUGACAACAGGGACAACGAUGACAACAGUGACAACAGUGACAACGUUGACAACGGUGACAACAGUGACAAGAGUAACACAAUGACAACAGUGACACGGUGACAACAGUUACAACAGUGACAACGAUGACAAUGGUGACAAAAGUUACAAGGAUGACCACGGUGAAAACAGUGACAACAGUGACAAUGGUGACAACAGUGGCAACAGUGACAACAGUGACAACGGUGACAACAGUGACAACGGUGACAACAGUGACAACAGUGACAACAGUGACAAAUGGUGACAACGGUGACAACAGAGACAACAGUGACAACGAUGACAACAGUUACAACAGUUACAACAGUGACGUGAAUGACAACGGUGACAACAGUGACAACAGUGACGUCAAUGACAACGGUGACAAUAGUGACAACAGUGACAACAGAGACAACAGUGACAACAGUGACAACGAUGACAACGGUGACAACACUGACAACGAUGACAACGGUGAGAACAGUGACAACAGUGACAAUGGUGACAACGGUGACAACCGAGACAACAGUGACAACGAUGACAACGGUGACAAUAGUGACAACAGUGACAACGGUGGCAACGGUGACAACAGUGACAACGAUGACAAGGGUGACAACAGUGACAACAGUGACAACGGUGACAACGGUGACAACAGUGACAACAGUGACAACGGUGACAACGAUGACAACAGUGACAACAGUGACAACGAUGACAACGAUGACAACAGUGACACGGUGACAACAGUUACAACAGUGACGUCAAUGACAACGGUGACAACAGUGGCAACAGUGACAACAGUGACAACGGUGACAACAGUGACAACGGUGACAACAGUGACAACAGUGACAACAGUGACAAAUGGUGACAACGGUGACAACAGAGACAACAGUGACAACGAUGACAACGGUGACAAUAGUGACAACAGUGACAACAAUGACAAGGGUGACAACAGUGACAACAGUGACAACGGUGACAACGGUGACAACAGUGACAUCGGUAACAACAGUGACAACGAUGACAACGGUGACAACACUGACAAUGGUGACAACGGUGACAACAGUGACAACAGUGAGAACGAUGACAACGGUGACAACAGUGACAACAGUGACAACGGUAACAACGGUGACAGCAGUGACAACGAUGACAACAGUGACAACAGUGACAAUAUUGACAACAGUGACAACAGUGACAACAGUGACAACGAUGACAACGGUGACAACAGUGGCAACAGUGACAAUGGUGACAACAGUGACAACAGUGACAACGAUGACAACGGUGAAAACAGUGACAACAGUGACAACGGUGACAACGGUGACAACAGUGACAACGAUGAGAACGGUGACAACAGUGACAACAGUGACAACGGUGACAACGGUGACAACAGUGACAACGGUGACAACGGUGACAACAGUGACAACAGUGACAACAAUGACAACGGUGACAACAGUGACAACAGUGACAACAGUGACAACGGUGACAACAGUGACAACAGUGACAACGAUGACAACGGUGACAACACUGACAACGAUGACAACGGUGACAACAGUGACAACAGUGACAAUAGUGACAACGGUGACAACAGAGACAACAGUGACAACGAUGACAACGGUGACAAUAGUGACAACAGUGACAACGGUGGCAACGGUGACAACAGUGAGAACGAUGGCAAGGGUGACAACAGUGACAACAGUGACAACGGUGACAACGGUGACAACAGUGACAUCGGUGACAACAGUGACAACGAUGACAACGGUGACAACAGUGAGAAUGGUGACAACGGUGACAACAGUGACAACAGUGACAACGGUGACAACAGUGACAGCAGUGACAACGAUGACAACGGUGACAACAGUGACAAUAUUGACAACAGUGACAACAGUGACAACAGUGACAACAGUGACAACGAUGACAACGAAGUCAACAGUGGCAACAGUGACAAUGGUGACAACAGUGACAACAGUGACAACGAUGACAACGGUGAAAACAGUGACAACAGUGACAAUGGUGACAACGGUGACAACAGUGACAACGAUGAGAACGGUGACAACAGUGACAACAGUGACAACGGUGACAACAGUGACAACGGUGACAACAGUGUCAGCGGUGACAAGGAUGACAACGAUGACAACAGUGACAAUAGUGACAACGGUGACAACGGUGACAACAGUUACAACAGUGACAACGAUGAGAAAAGAGACAACAGUAACAGCGGUGACAACAGUGACAACAGUGGCAACGAUGACGAAGGUGACAACAAUGACAACAGUGACAACGGUGACAACGGUGAUAACAGUGACAACAGUGACAACAGUGACAACGAUGACAACAGUGACAACAGUGACAACGAUGACAACGAUGUCAAGAGUGACAACAGUGACAACGAUCACAACGGUGACAACAGUGACAACGAUGAGAACAGUGACAACAGUUACAACGCUGACAACGGUGACAUCAGUGACAACAGUGACAACGGUGACAACAGUGACAACAGUGACAACGGUGACAACGGUGACAACGGUGACAACAGUGACAAUGGUGACAGCAGUUAUAACAGUGACAACGAUGACAACAGUGACAAGAGCGACAUCUGUGACAACAGUGACAACAGUGACAACAGUGACAACGUUGACAACAGUGAGAACGGUGACAACAGUUACAACAGUAAGAACAAUGACAGCGAUGGCAACAGUGACAAUGUUCACAACAGUGACAACGGUGACAACAGUUACAACAGUGACAACGAUGACAACGAUGACAACAGGGACAACUGUGACAACGGUGACAUCACUUACAACAGUGACAACGAUGACAACAGUGACAAGAGCGACAUCAGUGACAACAGUGACAACAGUGACAACGGUGACAACAGUGACAACAGUGACAACAGUGACAACGAUGACAACAGUGACAACAGUGACAACGAUGACAACGGUGACAACAGUGACAACGAUGACAACGGUGACAACAGUGACAACAGUGACAACGAUGACAACGGUGAUAAUAGUGACAAUAGUGACAACGGUAACAACGGUGACAACAGUGACAACGAUGACAACGGUGGCAACAGUGACAACAGUGACAACGGUGACAACGGUGACAACAGUGACAACAGUGACAACGGUGAAAACAGUGAGAACAUUGACAACAGUGUCAGCGGUGACAAGGAUGACAACGAUGACAACAGUGACAAUAGUGACAACAGUGACAACAGUGACAACGGUGACAACGGUGACAUCAGUGACAACAGUGACAACGGUGACAACGAUGACAAUGGUGACAACAGUGACAACAGUGACAACGAUGACAACGAUGACAACAGUGACAACAGUGACAACGGUGACAACGGUGACAACAGUGACAAUGGUGACAGUAGUUACAACAGUGACAAGGAUGAAAACAGUGACAAGAGCGACAUCAGUGACAACAGUGACAACACUGACAACGGUGACAACAGUGAAAACAGUGACAACGUUGACAACAGUGAGAACGGUGACAACAGUUACAACAGUGACAACGAUGAGAACAGAGACAACAGUGACAGCGGUGACAACAGUGACAACAGUGACAACGAUGACAAAGGUGACAACAAUGACAACAGUGACAACGGUGACAACGGUGAUAACAGUGACAACAGUGACAACGAUGACAACAGUGACAACGAUGACAACGAUGUCAAGAGUGACAAUAGUGACAACGAUCACAACGGUGACAACAGUGACAACGAUGAGAACAGUGACAACAGUGACAACGCUGACAACGGUGACAACAGUGACAACAGUGACAACGGUGACAACGGUGACAACAGUGACAACGGUGACAACGGUGACAACGGUGACAAUAGUGACAACGGUGACAACAGAGACAACAGUGACAACGAUGACAACGGUGACAAUAGUGACAACAGUGACAACGGUGGCAACGGUGACAACAGUGAGAACGAUGACAAGGGUGACAACAGUGACAACAGUGACAACGGUGACAACGGUGACAACAGUGACAACGGUGACAACAGUGACAACGAUGACAACGGUGACAACAGUGAGAAUGGUGACAACGGUGACAACAGUGACAACAGUGACAACGGUGACAACAGUGACAACGGUGACAACAGUGACAACAGUGACAACGAUGACAACGGUGACAACAGUGACAAUAGUGACAACAGUGACAACAGUGACAACAGUGACAACGAUGACAACGGUGUCAACAGUGGCAACAGUGACAAUGGUGACAACAGUGACAAGAGUGACAACGAUGACAACGGUGAAAACAGUGACAACAGUGACAACGGUGACAACGGUGACAACAGUGACAACGAUGAGAACGGUGACAACAGUGACAACAGUGACAACGGUGACAACAGUGACAACGGUGACAACAGUGUCAGCGGUGACAAGGAUGACAACGAUGACAACAGUGACAAUAGUGACAACGGUGACAACGGUGACAACAGUUACAACAGUGACAACGAUGAGAAAAGAGACAACAGUAACAGCGGUGACAACAGUGACAACAGUGACAACGAUAACGAAGGUGACAACAAUGACAACAGUGACAACGGUGACAACGGUGAUAACAGUGACAACAGUGACAACAGUGACAACGAUGACAACAGUGACAACAGUGACAACGAUGACAACGAUGUCAAGAGUGACAACAGUGACAACGAUCACAACGGUGACAACAGUGACAACGAUGAGAACAGUGACAACAGUUACAACGCUGACAACGGUGACAUCAGUGACAACAGUGACAACGGUGACAACAUUGACAACAGUGAGAACGGUGACAACGGUGACAACGGUGACAACAGUGACAAUGGUGACAGCAGUUAUAACAGUGACAACGAUGACAACAGUGACAAGAGCGACAUCUGUGACAACAGUGACAGCAGUGACAACAGUGACAACGUUGACAACAGUGAGAACGGUGACAACAGUUACAACAGUGAGAACAAUGACAGCGAUGGCAACAGUGACAAUGUUGACAACAGUGACAACGGUGACAACAGUUACAACAGUGACAACGAUGACAACGAUGACAACAGGGACAACUGUGACAACGGUGACAUCACUUACAACAGUGACAACGAUGACAACAGUGACAAGAGCGACAUCAGUGACAACAGUGACAACAGUGACAACGGUGACAACAGUGACAACAGUGACAACAGUGACAACGAUGACAACAGUGACAACAGUGACAACGAUGACAACGGUGACAACAGUGACAACGAUGACAACGGUGACAACAGUGACAACAGUGACAACGAUGACAACGGUGAUAAUAGUGACAACAGUGACAACGGUAACAACGGUGACAACAGUGACAACGAUGACAACGGUGGCAACAGUGACAACAGUGACAACGGUGACAACGGUGACAACAGUGACAACAGUGACAACGGUGAAAACAGUGAGAACAUUGACAACAGUGUCAGCGGUGACAAGGGUGACAACGAUGACAACAGUGACAAUAGUGACAACAGUGACAACAGUGACAACGGUGACAACGGUGACAUCAGUGACAACGGUGACAACGGUGACAAGGAUGACAACGAUGACAACAGUGACAAUAGUGACAACAGUGACAACAGUGACAACGGUGACAACGGUGACAUCAGUGACAACACUGACAACGGUGACAACAGUGACAACAGUGACAACGUUGACAACAGUGAGAACGGUGACAACAGUUACAACAGUGACAACGAUGAGAACAGAGACAACAGUGACAGCGGUGACAACAGUGACAACAGUGACAACGAUGACAAAGGUGACAACAAUGACAACAGUGACAACGGUGACAACGGUGAUAACAGUGACAACAGUGACAACAGUGACAACGAUGACAACAGUGACAACGAUGACAACGAUGUCAAGAGUGACAAUAGUGACAACGAUCACAACGGUGACAACAGUGACAACGAUGAGAACAGUGACAACAGUGACAACGCUGACAACGGUGACAUCAGUGAGAACAGUGACAACGGUGACAACGGUGACAACAGUGACAACGGUGACAACGGUGACAACGGUGACAACAGUGACAACGGUGACAACAGAGACAACAGUGACAACGAUGACAACGGUGACAAUAGUGACAACAGUGACAACGGUGACAACGGUGACAACAGUGAGAACGAUGACAACGGUGACAACAGUGACAACAGUGACAACGGUGACAACGGUGACAACAGUGACAACGGUGACAACAGUGACAACGAUGACAACGGUGACAACAGUGAGAAUGGUGACAACGGUGACAACAGUGACAACAGUGACAACGGUGACAACAGUGACAACGGUGACAACAGUGACAGCAGUGACAAAGAUGACAACGGUGACAACAGUGACAAUAUUGACAACAGUGAUUACAGUGACAACAGGGACAACGAUGACAACGGUGUCAACAGUGGCAACAGUGACAAUGGUGACAACAGUGACAACAGUGACAACGAUGACAACGGUGAAAACAGUGACAACAGUGACAAUGGUGACAACGGUGACAACAGUGACAACGAUGAGAACGGUGACAACAGUGACAACAGUGACAACGGUGACAACAGUGACAACGGUGACAACAGUGUCAACGGUGACAAGGAUGACAACGAUGACAACAGUGACAAUAGUGACAACGGUGACAACGGUGACAACAGUUACAACAGUGACAACGAUGAGAAAAGAGACAACAGUAACAGCGGUGACAACAGUGACAACAGGAUGACAAAGGUGACAACAAUGACAACAGUGACAACGGUGACAACGGUGAUAACAGUGACAACAGUGACAACAGUGACAACGAUGACAACAGUGACAACAGUGACAACGAUGACAACGAUGUCAAGAGUGACAACAGUGACAACGAUCACAACGGUGACAACAGUGACAACGAUGAGAACAGUGACAACAGUUACAACGCUGACAACGGUGACAUCAGUGACAACAGUGACAACGGUGACAACAGUGACAACAGUGAGAACGGUGACAACGGUGACAACGGUGACAACAGUGACAAUGGUGACAGCAGUUAUAACAGUGACAACGAUGACAACAGUGACUAGAGCGACAUCUGUGACAACAGUGACAACAGUGACAACAGUGACAACGUUGACAACAGUGAGAACGGUGACAACAGUUACAACAGUGAGAACAAUGACAGCGAUGGCAACAGUGACAAUGUUGACAACAGUGACAACGGUGACAACAGUUACAACAGUGACAACGAUGACAACGAUGACAACAGGGACAACUGUGACAACGGUGACAUCACUUACAACAGUGACAACGAUGACAACAGUGACAAGAGCGACAUCAGUGACAACAGUGACAACAGUGACAACGGUGACAACAGUGACAACAGUGACAACAGUGACAACGAUGACAACAGUGACAACAGUGACAACGAUGACAACGGUGAGAACAGUGACAACGAUGACAACGGUGACAACAGUGACAACAGUGACAACGAUGACAACGGUGAUAACAGUGACAACAGUGACAACGGUAACAACGGUGACAACAGUGACAACGAUGACAACGGUGGCAACAGUGACAACAGUGACAACGGUGACAACGGUGACAACAGUGACAACAGUGACAACGGUGACAACAGUGAGAACAUUGACAACAGUGUCAGCGGUGACAAGGAUGACAACGAUGACAACAGUGACAAUAGUGACAACAGUGACAACAGUGACAACGGUGACAACGGUGACAUCAGUGACAACAGUGACAACGGUGACAACGAUGACAAUGGUGACAACAGUGACAACAGUGACAACGAUGACAACGAUGACAACAGUGACAACAGUGACAACGGUGACAAAGGUGACAACAGUGACAAUGGUGACAGCAGUUACAACAGUGACAAGGAUGACAACAGUGACAAGAGCGACAUCAGUGACAACAGUGACAACACUGACAACGGUGACAACAGUGACAACAGUGACAACGUUGACAACAGUGAGAACGGUGACAACAGUUACAACAGUGACAACGAUGAGAACAGAGACAACAGUGACAGCGGUGACAACAGUGACAACAGUGACAACGAUGACAAAGGUGACAACAAUGACAACAGUGACAACGGUGACAACGGUGAUAACAGUGACAACAGUGACAACAGUGACAACGAUGACAACAGUGACAACGAUGACAACGAUGUCAAGAGUGACAAUAGUGACAACGAUCACAACGGUGACAACAGUGACAACGAUGAGAACAGUGACAACAGUGACAACGCUGACAACGGUGACAUCAGUGACAACAGUGACAACGGUGACAACAGUGACAACAGUGACAACAGUGACAACGGUGACAACGGUGACAACAGUGACAAUGGUGACAGCAGUUAUAACAGUGACAAGGAUGACAACAGUGACAAGGGCGACAUCAGUGACAACAGUGACAACAGUGACAACAGUGACAACGUUGACAACAGUGAGAACGGUGACAACAGUUACAACAGUGAGAACAAUGACCACGAUGGCAACAGUGACAAUGUUGACAACAGUGACAACGGUGACAACAGUUACAACAGUGACAACGAUGACAACGAUGACAACAGGGACAACUGUGACAACGGUGACAUCACUUACAACAGUGACAACGAUGACAACAGUGACAAGAGCGACAUCAGUGACAACAGUGACAACAGUGACAACGGUGACAACAGUGACAACGAUUACAACAGUGACAACAGUGACAACGAUGACAACGGUGACAACAGUGACAACGAUGACAACGGUGACAACAGUGACAGCAGUGACAGCGAUGAGAACGGUGAUAACAGUGAGAACAGUGACAACGGUAACAACGGUGACAACAGUGACAACGAUGACAACGGUGGCAACAGUGACAACAGUGACAACGGUGACAACGGUGACAACAGUGACAACAGUGACAACGGUGACAACAGUGAGAACAUUGACAACAGUGACAGCGGUGACAAGGAUGACAACGAUGACAACAGUGACAAUAGUGACAACAGUGACAACAGUGACAACGGUGACAACAGUGAGACUAUUGACAACAGUGACAGCGGUGACAAGGAUGACAACGAUGACAACACUGACAACAGUUACAACGGUGACAACGGUGACAACAGUGACAACAGUGACAACGAUGACAACAGUGACAACAGUGACAACGAUGACAACGAUGUCAAGAGUGACAACAGUGACAACGAUCACAACGGUGACAACAGCAACAACGAUGAGAACAGUGACAACAGUGACAACGCUGACAACAGUGACAACGAUGACAAUGGUGACAACAGUGACAACAGUGACAACGAUGACAACGAUGACAACAGUGACAACAGUGACAACGGUGACAACGGUGACAACAGUGACAAUGGUGACAGCAGUUACAACAGUGACAAGGAUGACAACAGUGACAAGAGCGACAUCAGUGACAACACUGACAACACUGACAACAGUGACAACGUUGACAACAGUGAGAACGGUGACAACAGUUACAACAGUGACAACGAUGACAACGAUGACAACGAUGACAACAGGGACAACUGUGACAACGGUGACAACAGUUACAACAGUGACAACGAUGACAACAGUGACAAGAGCGACAACAGUGACAACAGUGACAACAGUGACAAUGGUGACAACAGUGACAACAGUGACAACGAUGACAACAGUAACAACAGUGACAACGAUGACAACGGUGACAACAGUGACAACAGUGACAAUGGUAACAACGGUGACAACAGUGACAUCGAUGACAACGGUGGCAACAGUGACAACAGUGACAACGGUGACAACGGUGACAACAGUGACAACGGUGACAACAGUGAGAACAUUGACAACAGUGUCAGCGGUGACAAGGAUGACAAGGAUGACAACAGUGACAAUAGUGACAACGGUGACAACGGUGACAACAGUUACAACAGUGACAACGAUGAGAACAGAGACAACAGUGACAACGAUGACAACAGUGACAACAGUGACAACGAUGACAACGGUGACAACGGUGACAACAGUGACAACAGUGACAACGGUGAAAACGGUGACAACGUUAGGGAACUUAAGAUGGAGACGUUUUCGGGGCGACGGCGACCGGACACCUAGAGAAAGCCUGGAACUGAGGCAGCCGUCGCUUCCCGUCAAAAAUCGAACAUUAUGACCGCAGUGAACUCAGGAGGAUGGUGCCUUUAAUUAGAAGAAUGCCGAAGAGGAAACUAUGGUUUCACAUAGAGAAUUAAGAGAAUAAAUACAUGCUAUGCAGACAACAUGUAUCGGAUUAAGAGUUUCUUGUUUUGUGGGAAAAUUAUGAGUCCAAACACCCCGAUUUUCCUCGGGACAGUUGGCAAACAGCGAGUUAUAAUUACAACUCUUUGCAGCUGAGCGCAAGGCAGAAUUUCGUGCUGAAACAAAAAUGAUCUCCACAGGCUUGCCGAAGCCUUGCAAAUUACAGGAACAUUAAAAUGCUACCAAGGAACCGUAUUCUUAGUUUGGUAUUGAAAUAAUUGGCGGAAAAUACUUGCAUGCAAGAACAACAACGACGGCAACAACUUUAUUUCAGUAUUCCCACGUUAGUACAUGGUAUUACCUACUAUUCUAUAUAAUUUCAAUGCGUUUCAUUUAUACGAUAUUCUAACGAAAAGAGCGAGCUAAAAACACUCAAUUAAAAUAUCGGAGUUCAUAUUUUUUGUCUGGAUACUUUUAUUUAGCUCGUACGACAAGUUUGUCCAUGUCAAGCUCACUUACGGUUGGCUGUUUGCCAAGUUGGAUCUUGACCCUGUGACAUGAAAACAUAGAAACAUUUAGCUAACAGAGCUUGGAAAUCGAGCUUGAAAUGUCCCUCAAAGAAAACAAGGACAAUUUAAGAACGAUAAUCUGAAAAAUUUUGGUUGCUAAACGCAUGGAUAAUAGAAAGACUAUUAUCCAUGCUAAACGCAACAAACUUGAUUGAAAUGAAAGUUAAAUACUCACGUUUUCGUCACAACGCCAAACAGACCAGUUUCACGUCGCCGACGGGACCACGACGACAAGGUGGUGAGCACGAGCAUGCACAAUAUCCAACAAAUGAUGAUGUCACGUCCGGUUGAAGUUGCCGUCGCCCCGAAAACGUCUCUAUCUUAAGUUCCCUAUUGCCGAGUGUGCUAGACCUUACGUAGACCUCGCUGUUAUAGAGUAUAAGAAGAACUUUUAGUGGGAACAUGAGACUACACAUAACGUAACUAAAAGUAGAUGUGUCCAGUCCUCUUUUGAGGAGAGACCCCCCGUGGUUCGAUUCUCCUAAGCGACCCGUAAAUUUUCAAAUUUCUGGUGGUCGCUUACGGAAGGUUCCACUUUAAGAAAAAUGUAUAGAAAUAUAUUAUUAUGAACUCAUGUAGUACUUAUACAGCUCUGUUAUUUAUCAUACUUUGUCUAUUUUUUACAGGUAAAGGGUAAAAUAGUGGUGUAUAAUGAAAAGUGGGUGGAUUAUGAUACUACGGUGAUCUAUCGUGAUCGUGGUGCUUCCGAGGCUGCUAAGCUUGGGGCAGUAGCGUCUCUCAUCCGCUCUGUUACGCCACUCUCCAUCUACUCUCCUCACACUGGCUGGCAAGAUUAUCAAAAAGGUAAAUUACCAGUGAGAGUAAGAAAGCUUUGGUAAAUAGUGGCAAGUUCGUUUUGAAAUGGGUGUGGCUUACUUGUUUUAUAAAGGUGUAAAGAAGAUCCCCUCAGCGUGUAUAACAGUGGAAGAUACAGAAAUGAUGGCAAGGAUGGCUGCUCAAGGAACAAAGAUAGUGAUUAACUUAAAAAUGGAGGCCAAAAUGUUACCACCUGCAAUAUCUAGGAACACCGUGGCUGAAGUAAAAGGAAGUGUUUAUCCUGAACAGGUAUUUUAUUUUUUUCUUCAGCUGAUAAGAAAUUAAACGUUGUUAAAAGCGCUGACAGAAACGCGCACUUACAAUCAAACCUGUAUGAGGCGCUUAACGUUGAGGACUAUAAAUAACCGAUCACUUUAACAUACACCUUGACUGGCACAAGUACAAGCACAAGUAUCAAGAGUUUUCACAAAAUCGUUAUUUGUCCGCCUUGUUGGAUUCAUUCUUUGGCUACAACUAGUGUCCUGCUUAUUUUAUUAUGUUAUGCUUGACAAGUUAUAGGAAGUAGAGACUUCUUUCCCGGUGGAUACUCUCUACGAUGGCCUAUACGGGAAGGUACCUUUUUUAGACUUCAGGUGUAUGAAAGGGUGAAGAAAUCUGUCAUUUCGGUCUGUAAAACCUUUUCUGCCAAGAACGGGUAUAUAAAAGUGUAAGGGGCCAGGUGGACCUCGGAAGGGGCUUAACCUUAGCCCCAAGUUGCUCCAAAAUUUCUUAAAAAUUGCCCAAAAUUCUUCAAAGUUGCCCGAAGUUGCUGGACUUUUCUAAGUGCAAGUGCAUUCUCCUGCUCUGAUAGGGUCGUUUUCAUUGAGACAUGUAAGUCGCCAUUUUGGAAAACGUGUUUUUAUUUGCAAACCAUUGACCUCAAACUGAGAGGGGGAAGGGUGGCGCACAAGGCUGAAUUCCCACGUUGUUAUUUGUUAUUUAUAACAUCAAAGACCUGGAAUUUUAUUUCUGUGAUGUUUUAAAAGGUUUAAACAGUAUCAGAGGACUUUGUAAUUCCCAUAAGUUGAUAACAACGUAGUUGCCCCCAAAAUCCGCCGUGAAAAGUUGCUCCAAAUUCGAACAAAUGGCAAAAGUUGCCAGAAAGUUGCCGAGCAACUUGUGGCUGAGACUAAAGCCUCCCCAUUGUCGAGUGCUCCCCCCCGGACUUCUUUCUGCUUAAUCUUAUGUUUAUGUUUAUAAUUUUGUCCCUAGUGCCGAUUGCUGUUAAAUGAUCUCAUUGUCCCCUUAUUUGUAUCUUAGGUAAAGAGGACAUUUUUGACAGUGUUGAACAGGGGGUUUAAAUAAUGAUCUGAAUAAAUGACCGAUUUUUUGUCCAGUGCGUCUUACGCAAAUCUUAAAUUACGCCGAAACAAAAAGGAAGAACAAGAACUAGCAACACAGCAAACAAGUUUAGACGAGGGAAUCCUUGCCACCUUUGUUGUAAAAAAUCCCUCUUAGGAAGAUAUCAUCAAUUUUAAUUGCAGCAAAAAUCAUUUUGUUUCCUUUAAUGUAGGUUGUUCUUGUAAGUGGACAUCUAGACAGCUGGGAUGUGGGCCAGGGUGCAAUGGAUGAUGGAGGAGGGGCGUUUAUUUCAUGGCAAGCCCUGUCAGUAGUCCGUCAGUUGAACCUUAAACCAAAACGCACAAUGCGUUUGGUGCUUUGGACAGGCGAAGAAGAAGGUCAUUUUGGUGCUCAACAGUAUUACAACCGUCAUAAGGCAAACGCCAGUAACUUUAGCUUGGUAAUGGAGUCAGACGUUGGAACAUUUACACCUUUAGGCAUAAGCUUUGAGGGCACUGAAAAUGCCACUCUGGUGAUGAAAGAGAUCAUGAGUCUUCUGGAGGUAAUAAAUGCCUCCAAGCUCACUGAGACCAACGUUGAUGGUGAUAUUGAAUGGUGGACUCUUGAUGGGGUUCCAGGUGGAUCCCUAGAUAACGCCAAUGGAAAGUACUUUUAUUUUCAUCAUACAAAUGGCGACACUAUGACGGUAGAAGACCCUGAUACUUUGGAUCUUUGUGCUGCAGUGUGGGCUGUAGUGGCUUAUUGUGUAGCUGAUCUAGAUGAUAUGCUACCCAGAGAGUAAAUAUAAUAUCAGCGACAUAUCAAACACAUGAUGAAAGAGUGUUUUAUCCGGCCGACCAUGCAUUCAUACACGAAAAUCAGUUCAGUUUCAAAUAGUUUCCAUGACAAACUUGAUGAGAAUAGACAAAGCGUUAGGAACCCCUCCCAUUCUCGAUCCCAGAGCUCACGCUUUUGUCUCCACGCAUGAGUAGUAAGUAUGCGCAAUAGAGGAGAUCUCUCGGAUCGAAAAUCGAACCUCUCCAUGACCCUCGUUUCUCUCAUUAUUGCGCGCGGCCGACGUGGUCAGAGACAGUUAUUUCCCGGUUCACCGAAAUGCAUUGCGACUGAGAACAGGAGCGAGAGGUCUGAGAAGCCGCCGUACAGGAACUAGCCAAGAAAGCCAAUGCUCUCCAAGGUGGCAAGGUCGACCGUCAUUCGACUGCCUCGUACCUAGACCGUCCCUCCCUCGAUGCGCGCAAAGGAAGCGCUUCAAUCAUUCGUCACCAAACACUCGCGUUUCGCCCUCGCUUCUCUGCGAAAAGCGAAGCGCUCAGUUAGGCAUGCGGUUUUAGAAUUCAGCCUGCCCUGAUUCAGGUGGACAGGGCCUAACCUUGUUUUUCAAAUUUCUUCUUUUACAUAAAGGCAAAUUCAGUCCCUCCGAUUCCAGGUCCUGGGUUCUGGAUUCUUUGUCAGUGGAACAUGAAUUCCGAAUUCCAGUGGUUAGUGGGAUUCUGAAUUCGUUGAGCUGUAUUUCGGAUUCCAAAGCCCAGGGCCCGGUUCCUCGAAAGAUGGUUAAGUUUUAUAACCCAGAAUUUAUAAGCCAAAUUUUAAGCAAGGUUUUCUUGUCUAAGAACAUGUCACUCGAGCUUACAAAAUAAUGUUUUGUCUUUACUCCGAGACUCAAUGAUGAUAACAUCAUUUUAAUGCUGGAUUAGCGCUAAUCGGCCUUUCAGGAACCGGGGCCAGAACUUGCAGAUUCCACAGCAAAGGAUCCCAGAUUUCAGAGUCCGGAUUCCUUCAGCGGCAAAAUCACAUGACCAUCAAUAACAGCUUGCCAAUUUUCUAGGCAGUCAUCACGCGUAAAUCUCCGCUUCAUUCCAAAAUGUCGGCCGUUUUCAGUCUUGAGGACAUUCGCUGAGGAUUUUUUUUUGUUGUUAACGUUCUUCUCAUUCAUAUUGUACCUUCAAGCUCAAAGGUAAGGUAAUUUUGGCACCUUUACUUUAAUAAAUAGGGAUCACUGUAUCAGUUGUAUGACCAUAACAGGGGCACCCAACGAGAAUAUAGUUCAAAACCACUUAAAAAAUAGCAUUAUUAAACGUAUUUUGGUAUUUAAACGGUAGAUAUAGGCAUAUUUUUAUCCCCUAAAAAUUUUUCAUCUGUUCGGAUUUCCUAGGUGAAAGUCUAGUGAUCCGAAAAUUAUAGGGAUCAAAACUUACCUUUUCGAAAAUUUCAGCCAGAAAAAAGGUGACCUUUUUAGGGUAAAAAUCCGUUAAAAUAGGCAAUUAUACCAUAUUUUAGAUGUUCGAAAAUCCUUGGAGAAGCAGGCAAGCAAGAAAUUUUACAACGAAUGUUCCGAAAAUUCUAGAUCUAAAAUCGUCUUCCGAACAGAUAUUUUCCCGAAAAUUGUCGUUGGGUGCCCCUGCCAUAAUGAGAAUCACCCGUAGCGCUUUUCACUUGAACAAAGCAGCUGAAUAAAGUAACAGGUUUCCUAACGGAUGAGUAAGUUAAUUGUAACUUAAUUCCACUGGGCUAUACUGGUAGAAGGAUUGAGCUAAACAGAUUCAUUUUCAAAAAAAUUGUAUUUAUCCGCAGUUACUGAUGACUUGAUUGUAAUGUAUAUGCGGAAAUGAAUUAUGAACUAAGUUUACAAUUUCCUCACGUGACCUCAGUACAGCCGAUCGAGUAGUAAUCAUUUUUCUUUUGUCUUCUUCUAAUGUUGUCAAGCAUAUAGAGGAUAUUACAUGGCCUCGCAGAGAUACGAAAUUUCUCUUUGAGUGCUGAAAGUAUUUCACUACUCGAGAAGAGAAAUUUUGUAUCUCCAAGCGGCCAUAUAAGGUUCUAUUUAUUAUAUAAACACCAAUGAAAUACCAAACCAUUUCACUGAAACAGUUUUAUCCUGCGAAAGGCGCGGUGAUAUUUUCACCUGUGUGAAGAUAUCACGUUUUCGCGCGAAAGCUCACCUGGUAUUUCGUUGGUGUUUAUAGAAUAAAUGCACGUAUCAAAUGAAUUUCUUCAUACUUGCACACAUUAAAAUUAUGGGCGGUAAAUAGCUAAGACCCCUCCUUGGUGUUUUCCAAGUUUUGAUUAGAAUCAGUUAGAAAAUAUCCAUCACAACUGGUACUGAAUGAGUUCCUUAGAAUAAGACAAGUAUUUUUGCCAAAUUUCUGGGUUUGUGUCGUACUAUUUUAAAACAAAUUACUGCAGCCCAGGUCAGAUUAAAUAUUUGAUGAACUUGUACUCCCUGGGUGAAAUGUUACAACCUUUUUAAAACACCUUUUUAAGUUUAUACAUGUAAAACUUACUCUAACAGGAAAAGCAUGGCUUGGUGGACCACAGGGCAAAUCAUCAUAUCUAUAUAUUUAUGUGCAAUUUCAUUUGCAAUGACUGCAACCAAACAAGCCUCACAUAAGUUUAAAAGCCAUAAGCUGAAAGAUGAAAUAGAAAGCCUCAGAGACGAUGCCAACAAGAUUAUAGACUUCUUAACCAAAGGCCCAGGAAAACACCAAGUAUACAAAAGGUUGGCAACAUUCGUGGACACUUUUGGCAGCCGUAUUGCAGGUUCCACGAAUCUGGAACAUGCGAUAGAUUACAUGCUGGAAGAAUUACAGCAAGAUCAACUGGAUAAUGUGCAUGGUGAGGAAGUAAAUGUGACACAUUGGGUGCGAGGUAAAGAAUCAGCGCAAAUGAUAUUGCCAAGGAAAUAUCCCAUCGCAUUGCUUGGCUUGGGUGGCAGUGUUGGUACAACUCCAGAUGGCAUUACCGCUGAAGUUCUGGUUGUCCAAUCAUUUGAUGAACUUCAUGAAAAAGCUGCUCAGGUAUUUUCUUCCCGGGGGCUCUGCAUAUGAAAGCAGUGGGGAUGCUCGUCGUUUCACUUAGGGGUGUAAAUUUCGGAUUUGGUCUCACUUAGGGUGUUCUGGGCAAAACGCCAUCAUAUGUAGCUGUGAAGGACUUGUUUAGGGUUGCACAAGAUAAAAUAUAAAAAUAUAUUAUAUUGUCUGUGUUUUAACAUGAUCUCUUUUAGGGGUCAAAAAAAGCUUGAGCCAUGCCCAGAUCGGUCUCCUUUAGGGGUUUAAUUCAAAAUUUUUGAUGAGCAUUCCCACCCCUUCCAUAUGCGGAGUCACCCCCGGAUUUUCUUAUGAACAUGUGUGUACUAAAAGUUCGAAACUUGUUAUUGAGAUCUCAUGACUAGUACUCAAAAUGCACUUGUAUUUAUCAUUCAGUAUGUUAUCUUUUUUAUACCGUCAGGUAAAGGGUAAGAUAGUGGUAUAUAAUGAGAAGUGGGUGGAUUAUGGUACUUCGGUGAUCUAUCGUGAUCGUGGUGCUUCCGAGGCUGCUAAGCUUGGGGCAGUAGCUUCUCUUAUCCGCUCUGUGACACCCUUCUCCAUCUACUCUCCUCACACUGGCUGGCAAGAUUAUCAAGGAGGUAAUGUGGAUUUUGGCAAAACGUCAUCGACUGUGUUUUUAGUGACAUGUAUGUCAGUUUGUGCAAAUUUUUAGGAACAGUGAUGAGAAGCUGCAAGCGAGUUCUUUUUGCACUUCUCAAGUGUUUUAUGUCAAGUGGUUAAACCCAUCCGUCUCUAAACCACCUAUCGUGACCAAUGCUGAUCCAUUUCCCUUCUUACCCCUUGUGUUGUCACCAGUUUUUAACAGCAAGGACAACUUUGUCAUCUGACAUUUGCAGGGGGAAGAGAUCGAGCUUUCAAACCAUGCCAGAAUGAGCAUGAUUUUUUCAAGGAGGCGGGAGAAAAAAGCAAAACGCCAUUUGAAGUUUACCUGAAAAUUCCAUUGAAAAAACUGAAAAUUGAGAGAACUGUGUCAUUUUCAAAUAGAAUAGAGCAAAGGAUAGUGGCGUUAAGAAAUGACAGCUAUAAGACCACUGAAAGAAUAAUCUUCCACAAACCCACAAUCCCACCAUGCCUCACAAGAAUAUUCCUCAUUUUUCCUGCUACUCAAGAAAUGCUUGAAACCUAAAUUUCACUCUAAAGAAGUUCGUGAGUGCCUCACACUUUGGUGUAAUACUUGAGUAUAGCCCUUGGGGGUGCGGUUUGCUUUGUUUUCUUCAACUUUUUUUGUUGAUUUGUUUGUUUGUCAUGCACAGGUGUAAAGAAGAUCCCUACAGCUUGCAUAACAGUGGAAGAUGCAGAAAUGAUGACAAGGAUGGCUGCUCGAGGAACAAAGAUUGUGGUUAACUUGAAAAUGGAGGCCAAGACACUACCACCGGCAGUGUCUAGGAACACUGUGGCUGAAGUAAAAGGAAGUGUUUAUCCUGAGCAGGUAUUUGAUCUUUUUCUUGAUAAGAAACUUUGUUAAAACAUAUAGACACACACACAAUCAGACCUGUAUUAAAGGAACUGUGUCACCAAAUUUUAAUAGAUAGAUUUAGCCAGAGCUAAAAGUGAAGCUCCUGUUUAAAUAUUGUGAAAGGUUUGAACCCAGGAGUCAUUUUUUUAAAUAUUGCAAUGAUAAUUACUUGUGUAAUCAUAACUAUAACAAAAUUCUUAAAUCUGAUUGGCUAUCAGCUGCCCUGAUUUCAGCCUUAAUAGGACAGUUAAAUAGGACAGUAUGCAUCAUGCCUAAGUAAUUGGACAGUACGCGCCAUCACGCGCGCGCUUAAAUGGCUUUUUUUUUCACUGCUAGCAAAAAAAAUCGCGGAAUUUCUUGUCUUUUGAUUAAAAAAAGAGCCUCAUAUAUCACAAAUUUUGUUAAAGUUAUGAUUAAUUGGUAACAGAACUUCGUGUUGUCCAAUUCAGUCUGUAAUCAUACUCGUGAUUAAACAAAUCGGACUCCCGCUACGCGGUCGUCUGAUUUUGUUAAUCACUCGUAUGAUUACAGACCAAAUUGGACUUCACUCAGUCCUGUUACCAUUACAAAUAAGGGGAGGGGCUGCAGGGCCUGUGUGAAUUGGAAAAUGCCCCAGAAGUGUCCCAAGACUUUUGUCCAUGAUUGUAGAUGCGUUGACAUCUGAGCCCCCGAUACGGUCAUGUGAUACUAGUCAGCAGAUACCCUGUUUUGACAGCUGUCAAUUAAGCUUAGUAUGGAAGUUUAAUGCAGGUUGCCACACUUGCUAGAAAAUGAAAUUUCACAGUGGUUUCCCUGUGGUGCGGAUGGACGGGUGGACGGGCAUACGGUCACGUGAUUACCGAAUUUUCUCGGAUGUAUAGAUAGCCAAAUUUUAUUACUCAGGGUGCUCCGCUAUCAUAAUUCAAACAAUGGAAACUGCCACAGAAUUGAGUGAAACAUAAAAAUAACCGGUCAAACACACCCGUGAAAAGAAGGUACAUGUAUCAAUAACACAGAAAAUACAAAAGGAUCCAUCUCAUGUCCCUGGUUGUUCAAACUUUGGAUAGCGCUAUCCAUCGGGUCAUCCACUAUCCAGUACAGUGCAUAAGUGUUAGGGAAACAAAUAAAGUUAUAAUUCAUUCAAAAUAUUUCUCCGUUUCUGAUUGGUUAAAACCCACGCAUAAUUCACCAUAACCAGCUGCUGUUGACCAAUUUUGGAAAUAAUUUUGUCAUGAACUGAUGACGUGAAAAUGACGUCAGUAGUACAGCCUGGUUCCAGGUUAUUGAUCCUUUGACCGAGAAAACCUGGGGACGAGGUUGGGUUGUUUUGGUAGUUAGAACAAAAUGGCAGAACUGUCGCGGAACAUUUUACUCGUUUCACGUCGAAAUAUUGUCUAAAAACAUCGCAAGAUAAGAAAAGCAAGAAGACAACUUGACGGACAACAUCUGCCAUUUGGAGUAUAUUUGCAGACCUUAAUCUCCUAAACUUCCCGAUAAAGAUGCAUUAUCGAUAUGAACUUACAUAGACCGAGGUUACCACGUUUUAGCUUGUUUUCAAACUUGGAAUUAUUUUGAAGGAAUAAAAAAACAAUCAUUGAAUUCGGUCAUAUCCUACUCAGCCUCAUUCAAUAAUUGCUAAUUAUCCACUGGAUGGAGCCCUGGGCCCGGUCCCUCGAAAGAUAGUUAAGUUUAUCACAGGAAUAAGGAGAUAAACUAGAAAGGGAUAACCUCUUUUAUCUCCUUUUCACUUUUUCGAUUUGGAUUUGUGAAUAAACAGUUAUUAUUAUUAUUAUUAUUAAGCCAAAUUUCAAGCACGGUUUUCUCGCCUAAGAACAUGCAACUCAAGGUUACAAAAUACUGUUGAGUCUUUACUACGAGAUACAGUAAUGAUAACAUAAAAUGUUACCCUUAGCAAUGCAUAGGAAUGUAAAAUACAAACCUGAACAAAAUUUUAAUCCUAGAUUAACGCAAAUCGGUCUUUCAUGAACUAGGCCCUGGAGAUUUACCCAGUGAAAAGUGUUAUGCACAUUUCAAACAACUGGUCCCUGGAGGAUAUCGCGUGAAGUAACGCGCGAGUGGCACGCGAGAGGAAACGCGAGAUUCUUCACUCGCGCGUUCUCGCGCGGCUCUCUCUGCUUGCCACUCGAAAUGGAGAUCUUUCUCGCAAGCUAACAAGUGCAUACUUCCCUGUGCGAACUCUUUUUCUUAUGAUUGAGCGUUUUUGCUAGGGCGCAAAUCUCAUUUCUUUUUAUGCAGGUGGUCCUUGUAAGUGGACAUCUAGACAGUUGGGAUGUGGGCCAGGGUGCAAUGGAUGAUGGAGGAGGGGCGUUUAUUUCAUGGCAAGCCCUGUCAGUAGUCCGUCAGUUGAACCUUAAACCAAAACGCACAAUGCGUAUGGUGCUUUGGACAGGCGAAGAAGAGGGUCUGCUUGGUGCUCAGCAGUACUACAACCGUCAUAAGGCAAACGCUGGUAAUUUUAGCUUGGUAAUGGAGUCAGACAUUGGAACAUUCACGCCUUUAGGUAUAACCUUUAAGGGCAGUAAAAAAGCCGCUGCUAUAAUGAAGGAAAUCAUGACACUUUUAAACCCAAUAAAUGCCUCCAAGCUUACUGUGACGGAGGUUGAUGGUGAUAUUACGUUCUGGAUACGUGAUGGGGUUCCAGGUGGAUCUUUAGACAAUGCCAAUCAGAAGUACUUUUAUUUUCAUCAUACAAAUGGCGACACCAUGACGGUAGAAGACCCUGAUAAUUUGGAUCUUUGCGCAGCAGUGUGGGCUGUAGUGGCUUAUUCUGUAGCUAACCUAGACGAUAUGCUACCCAGAGAGUAGCACUGAUAGAAGUGAUGAUAUCAAACAAGAUCGAAGAGUGUUUUAUCCGACUGGUCCAGACAUUGAUCGAAGUCGUUCGAUGAUAUCGGAAGAAUCGCCGAUCUCAUUCCCAGGGUCCUCUCUCUUCCGAAGGAAUAAGGGAAAGGACCCUGGAAACUAGAUUGAUGAAACACUCUUUCAAGUUCUUGACAAACUUUUCAAGUGAUCACCGUUUUUAAAAGGAAUUCAAAGAUUAAGUAGUGACGCAAAAUUUUAUUUUACUCAUGGAUAGUAGUAGUAUUCGAUUUCGAAACCGUAGUAUACCAACAAAAUCACAAUUUUAUCUCUCAUUAUUGUGAUUUUUUUUCUAGUAAAAAUGCAUGGGGCAUUUUUUUCGUCAAUAGAAAAUGAAAAGAAUGAGCAACCUUUGCGACAUCAAAAUCUUUCCAAAAAAAAAAAAACAUGGUACCCGUCGCAGGCCAUCGAUCACCACGUGUGUCUUUUUUGCGACAUUCAAUUCGCACUUUUGAAACCUUGAUGCUCAAUUUGGGCGUAGAAACUUGAGAAAAAGCUGUGUUUAAAUUAGUACCCAGUAAGUGUAAGCUUAUAAUUCAGAUCUCGUUUUUUGCGAAACUUUCGAAAUUCAUAUAUAUAGAAAUUGAUCCGUAAUAAGGUAGUUAUUUGGCGUUUUUACAUCAUGUUUUUUUUAGAAUCCACAUGUUUUCCUCCAAACUGUAAUGAUUUAGAUUUAGGGCAACAAGAAAGUCAUCGUUUUUACAUGUAUAUAUAUGUUUUUUUGUCACUCAAAAAUUGCUUUAGGAUUCUCUUCAGAUUUUCCUUAAUAGACCAAAAAAACUCUCAACCACUGUUUUAGCCAGCGUUGUAGAUAAGAGCAAGUUAUGUAGAUAUUUGAGCUUAGAGAAAAAAUCAGACCAAGGCGGACAGCAGAAUUCCUUGGCCAUCAGGUGAUCCUGGUUUCCCUACGCCUUGGUCAUUGUACGUGUUUGUCUAGUAGCUAGGCCUCAUUUUUCCGCGCAGCCUAUGAGUUUCGGAAUUGAUCGAGGAGCCCUGGGAAGACAACGUACAGGGACUAGAAGAUCUGUAAAUGAUUACAAGCUUCAAACCCGAUCCCAGCGUUCUCCCUACUCGAUCCAGUCCCCGUAGCGAAGAGCGAGGUAGAGAAGGAGAGAACAGUGGAAAGAACUUUGUUUAAACAUACAUUAUAAUUUUUGAUGAAAACGUAAUGGCAUAUUAGAUCGUUAGUAUUAGCAUAUAAUCUUACUUAGACGAAAAAUAUAAUGAGAGCUAUAACUGACGAAUCUGAAGUCAUUAUUAACCUGAGAAAACAGCCGAAAUUCCGCGUUGCCACCACUGGUUUCUCCGAGAAACGAAGUCU